AUGUCCAUGGCGACCAUCGUCCCCACGGCCGUCGUGCCCUCGGGCGCGCACCUGCAAGUCCCCGGCGCCGCUGCUGUUCCUCACCACCACCACCCGGCCUCAUCCGCGCCCGUCGCCAUGGCCUCACCGCCCGCCGGCAGCGGCGCCAACAGCGUCGUGGCAGCAGCAGCAGCAGCAGCCGCCGCCGGCGGUCCGCCCCCCGUCCGCCCCAACUUCAACUCGCGCCUCACGUCGGACCGCCUCCGCGAGGGCGCCGGCCUCUACCUCCCGCCGCAGUUCCAGCCCAGCAGCACCACGAACAUUCGCAAGGGCCGCGUCUCCGUCUUCCGGGAGACGGGCCUGUUCGACGACCAGGACGACGGCCGCGGCUCGUCGUCGCCCUAA